CACUAGUGUACCUGAAUAACUUACUUUGUAUCUGUUCACACCCUUUGGAAUAUUUUAUACUGAAAUUACAAACUGAGAUGGAGAAAGAAGAAAUUGUGCUCUUGGCCCAUGAUGUUUAUCACUUUAAAGAGGCUUUAAAAAACUUAACAAAUUGCUUCACGCUAACGGAGACUGGCGAUGACCCAAACAUUCAGAGUGUUGCUCAUGAACACCUGAGAGAAGUUUUGAAGAUUUUAAAAAAACUUCUAGAAAAAUAUCCAGAACUACAGUCAACAGAAGUAUUAAUGAAGGCUCAAAAUUUAAUUCUUCAUGUCCAAAGUUGUGGUGUAAAGUUGCAUGAAGAUAAUAAGUUGUUCUAUGACUUCAUUAACCAACUUGCAACAGCAUUUAGUGUAAGAGUCUCGGAAUAUUUAAUGGGAGAUACUACAACAGAACUACAACAACCAAGUGACAAUUUUUCAUCUAAGAGUGAAGGCAUUGCAGUAAAUGGAUUCAAAGCGAAGCACAGUGACACCAAGUCAGAGGCACCGGUGACACCGACAACGUUCGGUGUGGACCUCGAUGAACAUCUCUGUAAAAUGGGUACUAAAGUGCCAACAAUUGUUUCCAAAUGCAUCAAAGCUAUAGAAGACCAUGGGAUUUUAGUAAAGGGAAUCUAUCGAGUGUCUGGAGUCAAGUCUCGUGUGGAACGUUUGUGCCAGGAAUUUGAAGUCAGUGGUGGGGAGGACACUGACUUGUCGGACACUCACCCCAACGUCAUAGCCAAUGUACUCAAAUUAUACCUCAGACAGCUGCCUCAACCUUUGUUUACUUUUCAGCUGUACCCCGAGUUUAUUAGAGCCACUCCACAAACACGCACACUCCGGGGGAUCCCCGCGGCUCAUGAGGUACCCGUGAGUCAGCAGCGUGUGACCGAUUCGCAACCGACACAACACUGCUUCCCUCUCUGCGGUUCUCGCGGAUGGCUGUCCCCCAGGGAGCUACUGUGUGUUUUAUGGCUCUCAGUUUGUUGCACACCGUCCGAGACCAAGAGUCACCCCAAAACUCGUCUUAACUUCUCCUUCACCAUUGGCUUUAGGUCUGACCCUGUCACCAUAGCAGUAAAAAGGAGGAAGCUCAUGAGCACUCCCAGCAGCCCUGUCGGCAAGCUCAUUUUCCGGGAAUUCCCGCGAAUUCCCGCGUGA